AUGGAGCCAGCUGAUCGGAUGCAGCUGCACUGCCAUUGCCAAGAAAGUUGUGUAGAGAGGUUGCAGCAGGUUCCAGGACGUCUCUUGGCACACCGCUUCCAGUUGUUCUGUGCUGGGCUUCGAGAGGUGCUGAAUCAAGCUGGGCAGCAUGACUAUCGAGCACCAUGCUUUGUGCAUCCCAGCUUCGACGGCAUGCUGGUUCAAUUCCUGUAUGCGGAUGACGAUGUGAUUCAGUGCAUAGCGUUGACCUUCCCAGAGGACAACCCGAUUCGCUUCGUCAUGCAGGGACCCGAGCCCGCAGGGAACUUUGCAGGUCGGACCGGCGACUACCUAGAGCCCGUGCAAUGGUCCAUGUGGGCUCGACCAAUGGGGAUAGUCUUUGUUGAGAUUGUGCAUCAUCCUGCACUGGAGCACCAUGGUAGGGCCGUGGAUCAUUUUGUAUCAUUCAUGUGUCCUCGUCCAACAAACUUAUCCACAGCCAGAGGCAGAGCACCCGGAGCACUCCAUGUAAGGAUGACUGGCACAGGAACACUGGCAAACCGUUUUUGGCCGUUGGUGCAGGCAAGCGGCCUGACUGAACCUACUCAUACCGGUGAGUGUGCCCGCAAUGUUGCUCGCCUGCUGCAGUACCCGGUGAAGGAGUUUCGCUACACAGUCACAUUGAAUGAAAUCCACAUUGAAUCCGCGAGUGAUGAAAAUCCCGGUGGAGUCCGGCUUACUUGCGCCAACGAACUGAUUCCUGAACAGCUUGCUUUUGCAGAAGUGGCAUUCGAAGAGGCAAGUAGAACAGACGAGCAAGAACCAUUGAGCGCAGUGACAUACCGUCUCGUCCUUGAAGUGUUGGGCAGCACAGGGAAUUUGCCAAUGCUGCAGCGCCAAAUUGUGAACAACGCUCUCCAGAACCACCUCUUGGAUGAUCGUGGGGUAAAAAUAUUAAAUGACAAGGCAGAAACGACGCUGAGGCCAAUGUCCUUCUCCCCUUCUGUACACCUCGAACUGAUCCUGGUCAUACGGUGCAGCCAUGCUGGCCUGCGUCCUAUGGAGAUCCGAUCAGCUGCCUCAUUUGCAAGCCGCUACCUCGGAGACACAGAGGACUGCCAGCCGCUGCCAGCCUUGAAGACAUUCAUUGCCAGCAACCAUUUGAAUGUUUGGAUUGCACAGUUUUAUGAGGAGAUGCUGACGACCAUCUUCAAAGGCGCUCAUGAGCACCCAGAUGUACCACAUGUCAUGAUCAUUGAGGAGAUCGAAGCUCUUGCAGAGACACGUAGCAGCGAAAUUGACAAGACCAAGAACGUGCUACUCUUGUGCACCACGAAUCGGCGCGCUGCUUUGGACCCAGCCUUCACACGUGUUGGACGCGUGUCUGUGGAGAUCUUUUGUGGAAAGCUCAAUGCAGAAAAAGCUACAGAUCUUAUUCAUUCAACGUUCACCAAGUUGGGCUUUGCAGCUUUGAUAAAAGAAGAGCUUGACCAUGAGCUCAGGGAGAAUCAGGUGCUGCUGACGAACCUUUCCGGGGCACAGGUGCGUGGCCUUGCAGAGAAUGUGUUGCGGGGUUAUCAGGAGCAAGGGUUGAUUGUGAGGCAACUCACGGCAAGCGACAUCAUUAAUCACCUGAAAGGGGCGCUGCACAAUUUGAUCGGAUCAUCCAACGACCCUGACCUCUUCUCGUUUUCGUCUGGUGAUGCAGGAGCCAUGUUUGCAGAUCAGAAAAGUGAGCAGUACCUGCUGGAAUCGUGCGAAAACGGGAGGUUGAGCGGCCGCAUGCUUCACCAUCGUGAGCAUGUGUGGGUAGAAGGACAGAAACAAGCAGUACGGGAGUUGGCGCUAAAGGAGCCCAUCAAGGGACCAGCAGCUGUUUACCACUUGGCCCUGCUGUUGCAGAAGAUCUCAAGGGCAAACACUGCAACAGUAGUUGACAGUCGGCGCAAAGAGUUCCUGCAACAUGACAAAUCCCCAUUUGACCUGGUUGUCGAGUGCAGCGAGAACGCACGUGACCGGGGCACUGUAGUGAUUGUGGACGUGGAUGAUUUGGCUGGAAUCAUGGUGGACCAGCAGACCCAGCGGGGUUCAUCCAGGCAGAAGGCUGAAGGCGGAAUGCAAGAGACCACUGCUCAGUCUUUCCACGUUGCAAGAGAACAUGCCUUGCAAAAUAUCAUUUCUUUUAGCCGUUCUCUAGCGCAGCGUGUCCAGCCCAGUGGCAAUACGUUCUGUCUUUGUGUGCUGAGCACAGCGCAUCCUUUCAUUCUUCGUCGCUUGGGUCAUGGAAUGAUAUUCGGGCUGCCAGAAGCUCCUUUCAACCCGCCCUUGUAUUCACAGUUGGGCUACGAGGUCUUGGACUCCACAGGGGUAUCCAAAGUGCAACGUGUGCAAAGUGGGCAGGACGGUUUCAUCCCUCUGGUUUCACCUUUAGUGGCCAAAGAUGCCGAGCCUCUCCUUGUGGAGGUCACCAUACAUAGCAUUAAAGACGACUUGGAGUUUGGAUUCACCUCACCUGUGAAUGUGCCCUCCGGCACCCUGGUUUCCUCCAAAUCAGCAGCCACCCUGACGUGGAAGGAGUGGCAUUUACAUUCUCGUGGUCAAUCCAAGCCUUUGAAAGAGAAGCCAGAGCAACACCCAGACUUGCCCCAGGUCAUUUUUCUCAUUCAGCAAGAUUCUUGGUUGGCCGUUGGGUGGCUGUCGAAGGCCGGGGCUCCCAUACUUUCAGAAGAUCUCGGUGUUGACCUUGGUGGCGUUGCACAUCCUUUCAUUUCAUUGAAGACUCCAGCUGAUACUGCUUCUGUGAAGGUCUAUGGAGGGCUUGGCAACUUUCCUUUGCGCUAUUUAGAAGCAUACCAAAACGUUCUGGCAAAAGACCGUGGUGUCCUGGUUUUUGCUUUACCCUAUUCUGAAUAUUCUGAAAGCGCCAUGGAGAGGCUCCCAUGGUAUGAAGCAACCAUUCCUGAUGGUGUGCGAACAAUUCGCAUCACUGCUUGUGGUCCCGGAGGGCGUGGUGCGAAGGGAGUGGCGGACCAGAAGAAUGGGGCAGGUGGCGCAUCUGGCGCAGUGGUGGAUGCAACCUUUUCUGUCACUGCAGGAGCUAAGAAACUGUGUGUGGAAUUGGGCGCACAUCUUAACCCGAAAGACACAAACCUGAAGCCAGCUUCUUCUACAAAAAUUUAUGAAUCGGAGACGGGGCAGAGAGACAUUGCGAAUGUGCGGAGGGAUGUGUUGCUGGAAGCUGGUGGUGGAGGGCUUCAAGAUAUUGUGGGUGAGGGAUUUGCAAAAACUAGUGACUUUAUGCAGCUGACCAGCGCAGUUGUAAAAAAAGGCAAUCCUGGGGAAAAAGCGUCCCCCAUGAUGACUAAUUCAUGGGAGAACACUCCGAAUGGAGGGGCCGCUUCCUGGCCAAAAGAGAUCUUGGAAAUGAUUCAGAGGAAAUUCCCGGUCAUUGAUACCAAAAACUGCUAUGGCCAGACGCGACAACAGAGAUUCGUGCCGCAGAUUGGCGGCGGAGGCCCUGGUGGUUCCCAUAACGGGGGUGGUAUUCCGGGGGCUUUUACUGGAGCACCCGGCGCUUGCGUCAUUCAGUUUGACCCGCCUCCCCAAGCGACAGAAGGCAACUAA